UUUUAGCGGGAAACGGGAACGGGACAGUUGCUUUCUUCAUUGAAUAAUCUAAAUAAUUAAUACGAAGUGGUGUUUUGUGGUUAAUGAUCGCAUUAAGUUAGUCGGAAGACAUUCGCGAGUGUUAUUACAUUGGAGUAUUCAAUAAACAAAGUGUAUCUGCCUAUUUUCGCUUCGUGCUAGGAAGCCGCUUCAUAGCUCAAAAGUUUAUGCGGACUUUUGAGUUAAUUCGUUUGGGGUUCGGAGUAGGAGUCUACUCCGAGGGUGGGGGCUUAGGUUUCAUCAUCAUCAUUCAUCACCUUUCACCAUUUCAUUAAUCAUCAAGAAAAAAAAAUACGUCAGACAUGGCUGUAUGGGCAUAGUUCCCUUUGCCUUACCCUUCGGGGAAAACCAAACCAAAAAAAAAAAAAAAUUGACAUUCCAUACAAUUUUGGUCAAUAUUUUGCAUUGAUUUUCCAGCGUUUUUCAAAUAAAAAGCAUCUAACUAUGCUGUGAAAUCCUAAUUUUAUUAAAGCAGACGUUGUAAAUUAAUUGAAAACAUACUGAAUAACUUGUCAACUGUUUUGCCGUGUGUGAGCUGUAAAUAUGUCGGACAAGGCGCUGACGCUGGGUCAGCGUGUGAUGGUGGUGGGUAAAGACGUGAAGGGCUCCGUAGCAUACAUUGGAUACCCUACGUUUGCCACUGGCAAAUGGAUAGGAGUUAUUCUGGACGAGUCUAAAGGAAAGAACAACGGUACUGUUAGGGGGCAUGCCUAUUUUAGGUGUGAGGAGAAUUACGGAGUAUUUGUCCGUCAAACUCAAAUCCAGCUGCUAGAUGGAGAUGACAAUCCUAUGGAGACCUCUGUGACGUCCGUGUCUGACGAACCUACGGGAAAGACUCCGGCUCCCAACCGAAGGCUUAGCAGUAUAACUGUGGCGCAGAGGUCUAGACCGACUACGGUCCGUCGGAAAGCGUCGCCCGCGCAACCGAAAGCCGGGACGCUCUCCAUGUCAAGGAGACUGAAACCCCGCUCUUUAGAAAUGGCCAAUCAAACGUGUUCUUUGCCUGUCUUACCUGUUUCUCGUACGUCACUGGCGAGCAGUCGCCAGUCGCUAACGUCGUACGCUUCGCCUACCGCCGAGCGCGGGUCCUCGCCCGACCUGGCUGGGAAAAGGGCUUCCUUUGUUGAGACCGGUUUCGUGGAAACCCUCACUCCGCAGUACACUCCAGGUCAGAGCAUCACGUCCCCGCAGCCAGCGCCCUCCGUCGAAGACAAGCUGGCUAAUCUUCAGGCGCAACAGGAGAUAACUCAACUAAAAUCAGAAGUGGAGGACCUGAAAGAGAAGUUGGAGACGAUCAAAGUGAGAAGAGCGGAAGACAGGGAGAAGUUGAAGGAGUUCGAGCGAGUGAAGCUCCAGUUGGAGCAGGCCAAUGAGUUCAAGACGAAGAUUAUGGAGUCGCAGGCGCAGCUGCAACGGGACCUGCAGCGGGCCAAGCAGGAGGUCCGCGAAGCCCAAGAAGCCCUGGAGAUCCACAAUGAUGAGACAGCGGAGCUCCAGGAAGCCGCGGAGAUGGCCGCCCUCGACAAGGAGAUGGCUGAGGAGAGGGCUGAGGCGCUGCAGAUGGAACUGGAACAGUGCAGGGAGAAACUCGAGGAAGCCACACUGGAUCUGCAGCUCAUGAAGGCUGAGAUGGAAGCCGGCGGGAAUAUACAGCACCCGUAUGCAGCGACCGACAGUGGCGCCACGGGGUACGAGAUGAGGCAGCUGCAACAACAGAACAUCCGGCUGAGGGAUACGUUGGUCAGACUGAGGGACCUCAGCGCGCACGACAAGCAUGCCAUGCAGAAGAUGCAAAAGGACAUAGAGCAAUACAAAUCCGAGAUAGCCGAACUGAGCCGCACCAAGGAGAAGCUGUCAGGUCGAGUUGAGGAGUUGGAGGCGCAAGUGGCCGACCUUCGGGAGCAGGUGGACGCCGCGCUGGGCGCCGAGGAGAUGGUCGAGCAGCUCGCGGACAAGAAGAUGGCCUUGGAAGACCAGGUGGAGCAACUGAAGCAAGACGUGUCCGAGCUGGAGGCGUUACAAGAAGUCCACGAGCAGCUGGUGGAGUCCAACAGGGAGCUGGAAAUGGACUUGCGGGAGGAGUUGGAGAUGGCACACGCCGCUACUAGAGAGGCAAACAGAGAGCGCGAGGCUGCCUUGGAGACAAUAAUGGACCGGGACACGACCAUCCUCAAGUUCAGGGAGUUGGUGCAGAAGAUGACGGAGCAGUAUAAUGAGAUACGCGCACAGCUCGAGUCCAAACAAGGCUCACCAGCGCCAAGCGAGCAAGAAUCCACUCCGGAGCCCGCCCGGUCCUCUCCACCAGCAGAGCUGGGCUCCCUGGUCCACGCGUCCCGCGCGUCCACGCGCUCCAUCGACCUGCAGCUGCGGGCACUGGAGCUGACGCAGGCCCGCGCACGCGCCGACAUGCUCGCCGCCUGCCUGCCCGACCACUUCAUGGUGCAAGCCGGUGACCACGACGCGAUCCUUCUAAUUCUCCUGCUGCAGCGUCUGAACACGAAGGCGGACAUUAUUCUUGGUCAAAUUAGAGAGAGGUUCCCAGCAGUGAACGUGUGGGAUAGGGAGGCUGUUACGAAGACACACACGGCUGUGCAGUACAGUUUCCGUUGCCAGCUCGAAUAUCAGCUUCACAUGAUUCAGUGUAUAGUGUGCAUGUGGGUCGAGGCCCUGGACACGUGCGCCCCCGACGUGCUGCUGCGCGCGGCCAGCGCGUUGCCCGACGCGCUGACGCAGGAGCGCGCGCUGGAUGCGUGCGCGCACCUGCUCAAGACCAACGAGCUGGAUGAGAACUGCAACUUGGACGGCCUAGAACGGUGCUGGAGCUACCUAUCAGCGAUGUGGUCGGCCCUCAACCUGUCCUCGGUAGAGGGCGCUGCUGUGACCCGCGCGGCGGUCCUCCACGCCAGCACCGCGCUUGAUGCCCUCGCACGCGGACUCUACGCUGAUGCUAACGCGCUCACUAUGAUACUACAGAGCUCGGACCAGCAGCAAGAGUUGGGACAACUCCACGAGCAUAUAAAGACUGCGACUUCGGCACUACAGCAACAACUGAAGAGUGUCAGGCGACGACUGCCGCCCGGUGUCAGGCUUAAUGCCGUGCCACUCGACGCACAGCUGGUGUCGCGGCUGCGCGGGCCGUGCGCGUGCGCGCUGUGGCGCGCAGCACGCGCGGCGUGGCUGGCGGCGCGCGCGGGCGCGGCGUGCGCCGCCACGGCGGGCGAGCGCGGCGACGGCGCGCCGCUGCCGCACCACGCGCUGCACGCGCUGUGGGCCGCCGCGCUCGACAAGGUCUACCAGCAGGAUGACCACGGCCCAGUGAAGACUAUCAAGCAUUCGCUGUCGGCGGUGUCGACUGACGUCACCCAGCUGGCACAGUUCGCCCAAGACAAGGAGUAUGACAUGAUGUCACUCACCAACGUACACGUCGAGAGGCCUACCCCGCCGGUGGUGGUGCGCGCGCAGCUGGUGAAGAAGCAGUUGGAGGAGACGAAGAGUCUCACCAUCAAGCUGGAGAACAAGGAGGCUGACAUCAAGGAGCUUCGGAAGGCUCUCAAGGCGAAACAAGAGGAGCUAUCAGAGAUGCAGAUUCGUCGAGAGCUGGGCGAGAGGAAGCUGACGUCAGCUGCGCGCGACGCGGAGUUGCGGGCUGAGCAGCUGCAGCGGCGGCUUGAAGACGCUCAUAACCAGCUUAAGAGGAAAGAGAAGGAGUUCGAGGAGACGAUGGACCAUCUGCAGCAGGACAUAGACUCGCUGGAGAGCGAGCGUGGACAGCUACGGGACAAGCUGAAGCUGUACGCGAAGAGGGGCGGCGGACACCACGAUUUGGCGUUCUUAAUGUUGAGCGCGUCGCCUGUGUCGACCAGAGAUCUACCAACAGUUGUGCCACCAACGGCUGUACAGAAGGAGCCAACGCAAGAAACUCCAGUGAAGGUCUCCGCGGGUGUCGCGCCGGGUGAAGUCAGCGAUGCUCUUCAGCAUCAGCUGAAGGUUCUCAGUUGGACGGUGGAAAGAGAACGCGCAGCGCGCAUAGCGGCGUGCCGCAAGGCGGAGCGCGCGUGUGUACUGGCGCUGCGCCCUCUAGACAACCCCACCGCCCACGCCGCAGUGGAGCGCCGGCGCGCCGCGCACCAGCUGGAGCAGGAAUUAGCCAAACUACAGACGGAAUGGACCUUGUUCGUAGCGAGGUCAGGUCUGGUGAAGUUCCCAGAGGACCCGGCUAAGUACGGCAAGGCUUUGCAGGACCACAAGGACAAGCAGCGGGAGAUCAGGAGACGGCUUGAGGAGCGGCUGGCGGCGUUGCAAGCGGAGGUCCGCGCUCAGAUGCUGCUGCACCGACCGUGGCGCUGCGUCGAGGCGGACUUCGCAGAGUUCCCCGCGCCGGAACUGGCUGCCGCCUUAGCAACGCCGGUGGAUGUCGGAACCAUCCAGUACCCGGCGGCGACCAGCGGACAACGAGAGGACACCAUCUACGUGACGCGCUCCCAACUUGACAAGUUACGUGAACUGGUGUCGGAAUUAAAGUCAGACGAAAUCAAACUCGAAUUGAAGCCCCUGGACAGUACAGUAUGUGCAGCUUAAAACAACCACUUUGUCAGUUACUUUUCUAUACAUAUGAGAACAAAAUAGGGGCUUAUGUCUAAAAGAAGGAAUGUAAGAAAUUACACUAUGGUUAUCUAUUCGGUGCAAUGUAUUAUGAAUUAUACGCUUUUUCACUUGUAAAUUAAGUAAAAUAUUAAAUAAACAACAAAACCUUUUCUACCUUUGUGCUUUGUUUGGAUCAACUCUGACACCAGGGUUGACGAGGUUGGUAAUCCGCCUCACAACCCACACGAUAGAAGAAGACAGGACCUGUCUGCGUUAUCUGCUUCUUUGAUAUGUGUUGUGAGGUAUUUUAGACCGUAACCUUGCAUGAUUGUAAGUUUUUCUUACGUGACUCUCAAAAUUCGAAAAAAAAAACGAAAAUUCGAUUCAAAUUUUUUUUUUUUAAUUUUUUAUUCGUUUUUCUCAAAAUGCAAAAAUGCAAAUUGCAUUAAAUAAAUGGAUCUGUGUUGUCUUUAAUAAAUAAAUAAAUAAUUAUUAUGUUUGUCAUUUCCAUAUCUCGGGACUAUGGAGUCCCGGACUUUUGGAAGGCGUGCGUGGGGCCGAAGCCAACACGUAGAGGCCCCUUAAGACAAUUUAAUCUAAAUGUUGUGUGACACCAACCGACGAUUAUCCCUGUAUUAUUAUUAUUAUUAUUAACUAUUUGGCCGGACAAAUGGAGAGCUCUAAAAUCGUAUAUGUAACAAAAAUGAACCGGGAUUCAAAAACCCGUGACACGGAUUCAUUCGUACUAAACCUUUUAAAGGACAUCUCCAAUUUGGUCAAUGUACGUCCUUCUAGGUCUUCCUCUGCCAGUCCUACCACUUACCUUCGCCUUAUAUACGCUUUCGUAAUUCUAUCAUGCAAGGCAAAAAUGUUUCAGGGUUCUUGAAACAUUAGUUUCCAACAAAACAUAGAACAGUGUCUAAUUAUUAUGUAGUAAGUAUAUAUGGUGUUAGUGACAUUAGACCUAACACUGAGGGGGAUGAUUCAGCUGAAGAUUCUGAAUUAAUAUCAAGUGAUAAUUUCCGUCGCAAAUUUCUUUUUUUAAAUUUUUUUUUUAAUGAUUGAGCGAAUAACGUCCUCCGUGGUCCAGUGUUUGAGCGUUGGACUCACGGUCCGGAGGUUCCGGGUUCGAAUACCGGUGGGGACAUCACAAAAAAUCACUUUGUGAUCCCUAGUUUGGCUACGACAUUACAGGCUGAUCACCUGAUUGUCCGAAAGUACUAUCCGUGUCUAAAGUCUAACACAGAAAAUGCAUCCACGCGCGUUCAUGCGGAUGGAUUUUCUGUGUUAGACUGUGCGUGUUUUCUAUACAAACGGAGAUACUUACAAGCAACGGAAGAACACGCAUCCACGCGCUACGCUGCAUCAUUCGGGGCAGUGUGAGAAUGACCUAACUCAGAAUCUUGAGCUGAAUCAUCCUCCUCAGUAUUCGUUACGGUGUCACUAACGAGCUCCUCCGUGCUUCGGAAGGCACGUUAAGCCGUUGGUCCCGGCUGCAUUAGCAGUCUUUAAUAACCACCAAUCCGCACUGGGCCCGCGUGAUGGUUUAAGGCCCGAUCUCCCUAUCCAUCCAUAGAGAAGGCCCGUGCCCCAGCAGUGGGGACGUUAAUGGGCUGAUGAUGAUGAUGAUGAUGAUGUCACUAACAACCUGUAUUAAAUUAUUAAUUUAAUUCAAUAAAUAUUAUGCGUAAGGAAUUAUAUGUUAAUGUAAUUACUAUGUACUUACGUUGUUACUAAAUAAAGUGCUUAUUUCA